CUGAUCUGUCAGAUCUUCCAUUUUGUGAUGUCAUGGAUUCCAGGAAAACAUGGAGGAAGCAACAACACCUGGAGCCGGCAGAAGGAUGGAGUGGUGGCUCCUCCCUGUUCUGGCCCUCGCUGCUUUCCGCCCAACCCAUGCCAAGGAAAGCAACUGCGACGGAGUCUGCGGAAGGCGUCCCAUGGCAGGCAGCCAUAACCUCCUCCGGGUUGUGGGCAGCAGCAACGCUUCCCCCGGAACAUGGCCCUGGAUGGUCAGCUUCCAAAUAAAAACUUUUAGGGGAUACUUCAGUUUCUGUGGAGGCUCCCUGAUCAGCCCUCGAUGGGUCCUCAGCGCAGCCCACUGUUUUCAGAAAGCAAAAGAAAUACCAAAUAUCAGCCUGUCGAUUGGCGCCAACCGCAUCUCCAACCCUGGCCCCGAUGCCCAGAGGCGCUGGAUCAAGAGGCUGGUGAACCACGAACUCUUUGAGCACUUCUUGAACGAUACCUACAGGAAAGUGCACAACGACAUUUCCUUGGUGGAGCUGAACGAGCCAGUCAACUGCACGGACUAUAUUCAGCCAGCCUGCUUGCCGGAUGACAGCGUGGUGGUUUCAUUGCUCAAGCACUGCUAUGUCAGCGGUUUUGGAAUUAUAGACCCGAAAACGAGAAAAUUUCCCGACAUCCUGCAGGAGGGUACUGUUGACCUCAUCCCCAUGGCGACAUGUAGCAGCCCGGACUGGUGGUCCAAUAGGAUCCUCGAGGAGAACAUCUGCGCUGGAACCUUGGAAGGAGGCGUAGCUUCUUGCAAGGGCGACAGAGGCGGCCCCCUCAUGUGCCGGGAGCAGAGGUCCGAACGCUACUGGGUGGUUGGAAUUGCCAGCUGGGGACCGUCUGUCUGCGGCCAGGGGAAAAGGCCGGGGGUCUACACCUCCACACAGUUCUACCGCGACUGGAUCAGGAAGACGACCAAUGAGGACCUUUCACUACCCAACCACCCACCGCCAAUGGCACAGCCCCAGCUUAUGCGACUGCCACACCCCCCUCCAAGGCCACAGCUCCAAAUGCGACAAAAUGGGAAUGUGCCAUAUCCCAGGCCUUGGCCACCCCCCAACACCAGCCCUCAGAUCCCUCCUGUGGGCUGGCCCACCACCAGACUUUGGCCACCCCCCAACGCCACCCCCCAGACCCCUCCUGUGGUCUGGCCCACCACCAGACCAUGGCCACCCCCCAAGGCCAUACCCGAGGCCCCUCCUGUGGUCUGGCCCACCACCAGACCAUGGCCACCCCCCAAGGCCAUUCCCCAGGCCCCUCCUGUGGUCUGGCCCACCACCAGACCAUGGCCACCCCCCAAGGCCAUUCCCCAGGGCCUUCCUGUGGUCUGGUCCACCACCAGACCACGGCCACCCCCCACGACCACACCCCAGACCCCUCCUGUGGUCUGGCCCACCACCAGACCAUGGCCACCCCCCAACACUACCCCCCAGACUCCUCCAGCAUCCUGGUACAUGACCAGACCUUUGUCACCCCCCGAGACCACCCCUCAGACACCUCCUGUGGUCUGGCCCACCACCAGACCAUGGCCACCCCCCAACACUACCCCCCAGACCCCUCCUGUGGUCUGGUCCACCACCAGACCAUGGCCACCCCCCAACACUACCCCCCAGACUCCUCCAGCAUCCUGGUACACGACCAGACCUUUGCCAACCCCCGAGACCACCCCUCAGACGCCUCCUGUGGUCUACCCCACAACCAGACCUUGGCCACCCCCCAGCACCACCACCCAGACCCUUCCCAUGUCCUGGUCCACUCCCAGAGCCAACUCCCAUCCCACAUGGUGGACCAAAGGAGGGGGUCCCAGUCCCGUUAUAUCGGACAUGGCUCCUGGAACAAGGCCCACGGGACCGGGCAACUCGACUCCCUCCCGGGGCCCAAUCUGGGGCCUAACGUCCAUGCGGUUGGGAAGAUUGCAUCUGAGGACAAGGGCCCCAGCUUGGCAUGGGCAGAUUUACAGGCCGUGGGUCUCGAUUCGCAGGCCGUGGGUCACGAUUCGCACAGCCCCACCACAGAUUGAGUCCAGGUUGCUGAAGCCGCUGCAAAGGCAAGUUCCGGCGCCACCCGGGAGCCAAAUGGAAGUGGCCCCUAGCUCAGCCGAGGGCUGAUAAGGACUGCCAGGCUCGGGUGGCAAUGCCAGGGGUGCCCGUGGGCAUGGUGGGUGGGCUGCCCCUGCCAGAUCUCAGAGCCAAUGACCCGUCCUUUGCUGGUAACAAACUAAAUGCAUCUUCUCCCCAUUUGAUUUUCUUCUUCUAACUUCACCCAUAAUGGAUCACGUGCGCAAAAUUCAUCUCAUUGCCUCUCCACCGUUUCCUCGGAGUUUCUCAACUUGGCUUGAAUAUGAAGUUGAAUGGGGACUUAAUGCUGCAAACAGCUUGUCGGUGACACUUUUUAACAAAAUAAAAAAAUCAAAGUUCUCAAAAUGAGUAAAACCACAAAUGAAUGGAUCAACAGGUGAGUGUUGGUGUGCUGCUUUUCGCAACCCAAAGCAACAGCUCUCCUGAAUCAUGCUUGGGAGGCUGUAAGGUGAAUUAUUUGUGUCACCUGCUGUGAUCUGCUUCUGUUAUUCCAGCUGCAGAUCCAGGCUGUUCCCUGGAAGCUGCAAGUCUCUAUUGCAAACUUUCUUCAAAGAGGGCCAGAUUUGAUGCAGUGAACAUGCGUGAGGGCCGACCAAAGUUGCAGAGCCUUUUUUAGGACUGAACUUGUUGUGCUUUUGGUGGCUUUUACCCCAGGAAAUAAACUGCAACAGGGGCCAGAUUAAAUUGACCGGUGGACUAGAUUAGUCUGGACUUUGCACGUGCCUGCUCUAUGGGCUAAGCCAGGCCUGCUGUGAUCUGCUUCUGUUGCUGCAGAUCUAGGGUGCUGCAAUGCUCUAUUGGCUAAGGCAGGCCUACCUGCACCACAUGAAAGGGAUUCCUGAAGCCAUGGUGCUCCCUGUAGAUGCAGCCAAACCUUGUUUUCCAGCUGCAGGUGCAUGCUUGAAAGCUCCAGGUCCAAACAGUUUUCUUUCUGCCCCAGCUCUUUCCUGGGCAAAAUCUGCAUUUUACCACUGAAUUGGAGGCAAUUGUUCCCACCAAUUCAGCGGUAAAAUGAGGGUUUCCCCAGAGGAAAGAGCCAGGACAAAAAACCCUGCUUGGACACAGAGCUUUAAAGCCCCAAUUGAAACACAGCAGCAAAGGAAGUCCCUUGAGCCAGUCACUGCCCCUCAGCUUAAGCCUACCUCAUAAGGCUGUUGUGUGGGUUAAGGGUGGAAAGGUAGAACCAUUGUCACCACCUUGAGCAAUGUGGGGGGGAUGGGAUGGGAUAGAAACGCAAUAAAUAAUGGUAUCAAGGCAUUUAUACACCAUCCCGCUUUCCUUCCUGCUGGUGCCUGCACUGCAGCUUCCUCAUGAUGAAAUUCUGCAGUUUUAAACACCCCAGUUUGUUAGGAGUCACUCUGCAAAGAAACAGAAAAGAUGAUUGUAACUUUAAGAACCUUUUCUGUGAGUUCUGGGUGUGGCUUUCUAGGCUGAUUAGACACAGCUGGUGAUGUGUAUAAAAGAAAAGAAGUUGCAGUUUGAAUUUUGCCUGCAGAGAGAGAACACCCACAUGCUUUGUGUUUGCUGUUUUUGUAUAGCUGUAAUAAAACCUUUGUUUGAGUGUUUUA